UUGGUUAAAAGUGUCAUGGUAGAAAUGCUUGUGAAUGUAAAAAAAUGGAUUGAAGAAAACAGAGCUGCUUUCUUGCCUCCUGUGUGCAAUAAGCUUAUGCACAGAUGUCAACUGAAUGUAAUGUUUGUUGGUGGACCAAACCAAAGGAAAGAUUAUCAUAUUGAAGAAGGAGAGGAGUUGUUUUACCAGCUGGAAGGAGAUAUGUGCCUGAAGAUAAUAGAAAAUGGAAAACACAAAGAUAUCGACAUUAAAGAAGGAGAGAUGUUUCUCUUACCAGCCAGGAUCCCACACUCUCCUCAGCGUUAUGAAAACACUGUGGGAUUGGUGAUUGAAAGGCAGAGGCUAAAGACAGAAACUGAUGGACUCAGAUACUAUGUUGGAGAAUCAACUGAUGUUCUUUUUGAAAGGUGGUUUCACUGUGAUGAUCUUGGUACACAACUUAUUCCAAUAAUCCAAGAGUUUUUCAGUUCAAGGCAGUUUCAAACCGGAAAACCCAGUUCAGAUGACCUUUUGAAAGAAAUUCCUUUCCCACUAAAUGACACCACGGUCAUGGAUCCCUUUGCCUUGAAAGGCUGGUUGAAUGAUCGUCGGAUUGAUAUCCAGCAGAAGAAAUCGUUGAGACUUUUUGGUGAUAACUUUGAAACAGAGGUUAUAAUUUUUGGACCAGGAAAAACUGAAGAGGAAGGAAAGGAUGCAGAUAUAUGGAUAUGGCAGAUGGAAGGCACAUCUGUUGUCACUAUAGACAGGAAGUCCUUGACUUUAGCAAUUGGAGACAGUCUUCUCAUCCCUAUACAAACUAAGUAA